UUUCUCUCCACUCCAAAGCUUCUUCGCUCCUUUAAGCUGUUCUAAGCUUCCAUUUUUAUUUCACUCCUUUUGCCGUCGAAGAUGGAAGAUCCGCUCUUUGCUAGGGUUAGGGUUUGGAUUUCUUGAUUUUUUUGACUCGGAUUCUACGUCUAGAGCUUUAGAAUUUCUCGUCUUUUUAGGGUUUUUGAUCUUCGUACUGGACUACUGAAUUUGAGAAUUGAAUUUGUUCAGAGCCAUCCUGCGGGACGAUUGGAACCGUUCGAGAGUGGGGGAGACGGACUCCGUGGGUCAGUAGACUGUGAUGUUUGAAGAGAAUUUGUGAAAACAGUGGAGAAUGCCGAGACAUAAUCGAAGUAUAGAAGGUCUGCUUGGAGGACCCUGCAAGAUCAGAAAACGGGGAUGCUCUUCGUCAUCGUCUUCAUCUUCGCUGGUGCAGAAUUACAGGUUCAAGAGGGCGAUUCUGGUUGGGAAGAGAGGAGGAUCGAGCACGCCGGUUCCGACAUGGAAAAUAAGCUCCAGAUCCCCUACUUCUGUGGUUGGAAUCGUGGAAUCUCCUAAAUAUCAACCAUCUCAUAGUGGCGGUAAAGGGAAGCAAGCUCCGGUAUCGGCGCGGAAACUCGCUGCCACUCUUUGGGAGAUGAAUGAGAUCCCAUCUCCUAGAAUGAAAGACGAUUUGGAGGAGAGAAGAAUCAAGAAAGAGAUGAGAGCCAGAGAAAGGAUUGCCAGGUCUGUCCAGUCGGGUUCUCUUCCACCCCAUUUAUCCGAUCCGUCGCAUAGCCCUGUUUCAGAGAGGAUGGAUCGUUCUGGUACUGGUAGUCUCCGGAGAAGAACUUCAGCAAUUUCACAUAGGUUGAGGCUUACUGAUCACAGUGGUGGGACUUUGGAUGUUCUCAGCAAUGGCAGUUUAAUGGAGAUUGAGACAAGAUCUCGAGGCAUGACUCCUACAGGCUCCAUUGUAGGAGUUAAGACCAGAUUGAAGGACCUUAGCAAUGGUCUGACCACUUCUAAAGAACUUCUGAAAAUACUCAACCGGAUUUGGGGUCUUGAAGAGCAGAGUUCAUCAAGCAUGUCCCUUGUCUCCGCCUUACGUGCUGAGCUUGAACGUGCCCGUUUGCAGGUCGAUCAUCUUCUGCAAGAACAACGAUCUGAUCGCAAUGAGAUUACUUACCUUAUGAAGCGUUUUGCAGAAGAGAAGGCAGCAUGGAAGAGCAAGGAACAAGAAAAGAUACAGGCAGCUAUUGAAUCCAUUUCAGGAAACCUUGAAGUAGAGAGGAAACUUAGGAGACGAAGUGAAAGCCUGAAUAAGAAGCUUGGGAGGGAAUUGGCUGAGACCAAAUCAUCUCUUGCAAAAGCACUGAAAGAACUGGAAAGUGAGAAGAGAGCACGGGAGAUGCUGGAACAAGUCUGUGAUGAGUUGGCCAGAGGUAUUGGAGAAGAAAAGGCAGAGGUGGAAGAAUUGAGGAGAGAGUCGGCAAAGGUUCGUGAAGAGGUGGAGAAGGAGAGAGAAAUGCUUCAGCUAGCUGAUGUGUUGCGUGAGGAGAGAGUGCAGAUGAAGCUCACAGAGGCUAAAUAUCAGUUUGAGGAGAAAAAUGCUGCAGUUGACAAGCUAAGGCAUGAACUUGAAGCUCUUAAGAGCAGAAGGGCUAAAGAAAAUGGAAUUGUGUCUCAGAAACGUCGGGGCAAAGUAGAUGUAGGAUCCAAUUUAAGUAGAGCCCAUUCUGAUUCUUUCCAGAAAGAAGAUGGAGAAGUAGAAGAUGGAGAAGAUGCUGAAGAAGAAGAUUCUGCUGAGAGUGAUCUUCAUUCGAUCGAGUUAAACAUGGAUAAUAACAGUAAGAGCUACAAGUGGAGUUAUGCUACUGGUUCCAUUCAAGAAGAUCCAAAGAGAGUUUCAGUUGAGGAAGAAAUUAAGGGGAGAAAGUCUGCCUCGGAGAAAAUGUCAAGGGCAAGCAUCUGUCUUGAAAGAGGCAUUUCAGAUGGGAUUGAGUGGGACUUCAGUACUGAGAACUUCCAGAACUAUGGAGAUGGAAUCGAUUGGGCAAGGUUCUCUGAGCAUGAUAGGCAGACUCCAAGACAAGAUUAUGAAGAUGAAACCCAAAGAUACAAAUCUGUCAAGGGUCUCAGAGAUCAUCUGUUGUCUGGCUCAAGGCUGGCAUCAGCAAGGGGCUUUGCGAGCCCAACACGGCAAUGGGGCCAACCAUGGCCUUCACGAGACUCAACCAGUUCAGUUUGUGAAAAGCCAACCAUUUCUCAAGAGAGUAGUUUGAAGGCAAGGCUAGUAGAAGCCAAAGGAGGAGAAGGCCAAACUUCCAGACGUUCAAGAGGGUAAUGGUUUUCUGUUCUUUUGUUCAUCUAAUCCCUUUUCUUGGGUUCCGAUGGGACUGCCCAACUCACACCAAUAGGCAAUGGAUGCCUUUUGGACUUCUCUGGGUCUUCAGGUUAUUGAAACAUGAGACUAAUAGACUUGCUACAAAGCUGUCGGACUGUCUGAGUCGAUUCCGGGCUCUUAUGUACAAAAACUAGUAGUAUUACUGUUAACAAUAAUCAUCCUUUCCGUGUCAAAAUUUUGGAGUUCAGAUAUUUGUAUUUUUCUUCUUAAGAUAAUUUUUGUUCUUUUUUGUUCUCU